AUGACGAAGCCAAGCGGGCCGCCAUCCAAGGCGUCGGCCUCCAAGAUGUCCUUCCUUGUGCCUAUUGUUGGGCCCAUCAUUGUUGCCUCGACUGGCUACGCUAUGUGGAAGGUGCAAUGGGCAACUCUUCUGAAAGCCUUCUUCACUGGCCCCGGUCGUCUCCAGCGCAUCUUCUUCCUCCUCUUUGCCUUGUUUAACUGGAAGAACAUGCCCUUUGCGUGGACUGCCCGAGUAUUUUACGCAGCUUACUACCAUCAUUUUAUCCGCCGGGCGCCAACCCUCGGUCCUCGAUCCCUCUUUGCACCGGUCAUAUCCCAUUCUCGCGCGGCGCUCCUUGAAAUCGAUUACAAUGUCCACAAGUCCAACUCAACCUAUUUCGCCGACCUCGACGUUAGCCGCACACACCUUGUCUCCUACAUAUGCGGACCAGGCUUGCGCAGCGUCUACAAAAACAAGGCCACACAGCUCGUAAUAGACCCUAGAACCCAAAAGCCUGCUAUCGGGAAGCUGGGUAUUAUUCUUGGCGGUGUCCACUGUUCGUUUCACAAAGAGAUAUCACCGUAUACAACCUUCGAGAUGUGGAGCCGAGUUCUAGCUUGGGAUCGGAAGUGGUUGUAUAUAGUUACCCACUAUGUGCCAAGCGGACUGGGCAGGCCAUCCGAGUGGCUGGACCCGAGAUUCGGUCGGUGGAACCGCAACGCGGGCAAGGAGCCUGCCAAGGACUGGGAAAAGAAAAUCUAUGCUACCGCUGUGAGCAAGUACGUUUUCAAGAUCGGGCGAUUGACAAUUCACCCAGCCCUUAUACUGGGUGAGAGCGGGCUCCUCCCCGAGCGUCCAGGUGGCUGGCUAAACGAUAACCCUGCCUCCGGAAACGGAGAGGUGGUACAAAAUGGCGACGUAGCGGACCUUCGGGCGUAUGGGGACGAGUGGGAUUGGCAUCAGGUUGAACAGCGACGCUUAGAAGGGAUGAAGUUUGCAGAGAGGUUCCACUCCAUGGACAGCCUGCAAAUGGCCUUUGACGGCGGCCAAGGGCCUGUCGUAGGCCGAUUCGGCCCUGGUUGA